AUGCCAUCGGUCACUGGCACCAAUGCGCACCCGUGCCCAGCAAGUGCCGAAUCAGUGCCGAUAUAUUUCUGCCCAAAAAGUGCCGCACUGAUGAAAGCUACUACGUCUAUUCUACGCCCAUUCGUUAAUAUCGUACAAUCGAGAGCUUUUAAUAGUGUCUUGAGUCUUGAACCAUCUGGACCGACAGUGAAAACAGAAAUACCUGGUCCAAAAUCAAAACAACUCAUCGCUGAAUUACAAAAGACACAGAAUGCUCAAAGUACCGCAUUUAUAUUGGAUGUGGAUAAGUCCAUUGGAAAUUAUUGCGUAGACGUUGAUGGCAAUGUUUUACUCGAUGUUUAUGAACAAAUAGCUUCGUUACCGUUAGGUUACAAUCAUCCAUCAAUCACACAAGUAUUUACAGAUCCAAAAAAUCUUAGUCAGUUGGUGAAUCGUCCUGCCUUAGGAGUGAAUCCAACACCACAAUAUGUAAAACAAAUUGAACAAACACUUCAUCCAAUUGCACCAAAGGGUAUGGAUCAUAUUCAACCUAUGAUGUGUGGUUCCUGUUCAAAUGAAAAUGCAUUUAAAGCAAUUUGUAUAUGGUAUGCUGAAAAACAACGUAACGGUAAACCACAUACGGAAGAAGAAUUACAAAGUACAUUACUCAAUAAAGCACCUGGAUCGCCCAAUGUAACGUUGAUGUCAUUUGAAGGCGGUUUUCAUGGACGAACAAUUGGAGCUUUAGCCUGCACACAUUCUAAAGCAAUUCAUAAAUUAGACAUUCCAACAUUUGAUUGGCCAAUAGCUCCAUUUCCACGUUAUAAAUAUCCGUUAGAAGAGAAUGAGAGAGAGAAUAAGAAAGAAGAUGAACGAUGUUUAGCUAGGAUUGAAGAAUUAUUUCAUGAAUAUAAUAAAAAUAAUAAACCGGUUGUAGGUGCGAUUGUUGAGCCUGUUCAAUCAGAAGGGGGGGAUUAUCAUGGAUCAAAAGAAUUCUUUCAAAAUUUACAACGAAUAAUAAAAAAAAAUGGUGCGGCAUUGCUUAUUGAUGAAGUUCAAACUGGUCUAGGAGCAACUGGCAAAUUUUGGGCACACGAACAUUUUUCUUUACCUGAAUCACCCGAUCUAGUUACAUUUUCAAAAAAAUUUCAGACCGGUGGUUAUUUUGCUAAAAAAGAGUUUAAUCCAAAACAGCCAUACAGAAUAUUUAAUACAUGGAUGGGAGAACCAAGUAAAUUACUUGUACUAGAUGCCAUAUUAAAAACCGUUAAGAAUGAAAAUUUAAUUGAAAAUACUAGAAAAACAGGCGACGUGUUAUUGAAUGGUCUUAAAGAUUUAAGUAAAAAAUAUCCAAAUUUAAUUUUAAAUACCCGUGGUUUGGGAACUUUCUGCGCAUUUGAUAUGAAAAAUUCAUCUGUAAGAGACAAAUUCACAACAAAAAUGAGAAAUGCAGCGGUUAUGAUUGGUCCAUGCGGUGAUGUUAGUAUCCGUUUUCGUCCGGCACUGAUAUUUACCGAAAAACAUGCCAAUAUUUUUCUUGAUAAAAUGAAUGAAGUGGUAAAGAACUUUUAG